AUGACUCUUUGGGCAGUGUGGAAGAUGCGAAAUGAGGUUGUUUGGAAUUCUAUUUCUCCUUCAAGUGAAGAGGUAAUUCAUGUAGCUAAUGUGAAUUUUUCGGACUGGUGCAAGGCACAACAGUUCGAAAAAGAGACCCUUCCCAUGCAUACAAGUGUGGUGCGUGAGAAAUGGUGCCCUCCAAAUUUUCCUUGCAUCAAAGUAAAUGUAGAUGGUGCAAUUUUUGCUCCCGAAGGUCGGUUUGGGGUGGGUAUGGUGGCCAGAUGUGCGGCUGGGAUGGUUCUUCAAGCUAAGUCUGUACUAAAAACUGGUUUGUUGCAGCCACAUGGGGUGGAGGCCCUCGGGUUCAAGGAAGCCUUGAGUUGGAUAAAGUCCAAUGGUUGGGUGGGGGUCAUUUUGGAGUCGGAUUGUUUAAGAGUGAUUUCUGAUAUUCAAAGUAAUAAAAGUAUGGUCUCUCCUUAUAGCCAUAUUAUUUUAGAAUGUAAGGCUUUAUGUGCUGAGAUUGGUAAUAUCUCUUUGAGUUUUGUUAAGCGAUCUGCUAAUAGAGUUGCACAUUGUUUGGCGCGGUCCUCUCUUGUUAAGGCUGAUCGUAUUUUUAAUAGUUUGUCUUUACCUUUUGUAAUUUCUUCUUUGGCUUUGGAUGAUUUGAAGUAA